AACCGCGAGGGGGUUUAUCAUCUCUUAACUGCAGGAACUAUAAAAAAAGCUCCUUAUCCAUCUGAAGUGGUGAUUAUUAACAGGAGAGGUUAGUAUCUAUUCUACCUUUCAUAAUUUAUCCAAACAAAGUAUUAUAUCUUUGAAAUUUAAGUUCUCCUUGGCCACUGAAGAAAAUAAAUACUGUCACGGUCCUUUCCCACCGGAAAGAGAGGAUCAAACGACUUGCUAAAGAAAAAGAGUUUGGAAGAAGACAUUUGGUUUUUUAAACAAAAAUGCACUUUAUUUGAGUCUCAAUGUAUUUAGCACUAUAUUUUACGUCUCCUAAUGGAGACGGGACCGCCAUUUUACGUGGUCAUCUGAUCCAUGCGAAGGUUUAGCCGCCUGCAGGGCAAAGGAAGUACCUUCAUUUCUCAGUUAUUUUAAGACCCUGAGUACUUGGUCCGACCCCGGGAAUCGAACCCGCGACCUCCAGCUCGUCAGUCAAGCGCUCUACCGACUGAGCUAAUCCUGCCGCGGUUGAAACUCUUCCAGAGUUGUCCCUGAAGACAUGUCAUGAACAUCAUUGCGCUAGCCGAGGUGCUAAAUGGAGUUUUCUGUUAAGAGUUUAAGAUUCCCAUCAUAUUUUUAGCGUUAAAACACCUCUUAAUUAAAAAAAGUAAUGUUCAAUGUUUCGUGCAAAAUGUUUAACCACUCAAUUUGAGAUAGCCUGAGAAAACAGCCGACAUUUCACUUUGGUUUCUCCGCGAAAUGACCUCUGAGGAAAGAGCGCAGAAAUUCCAUACUGAUGACGGGUCACUACUAGCCUUUGCCGUCACUCUUUGAAUUUCUAUUACAGGUAACCCAGGCUCAUUGUUUGUGUCACUUACGGGUUUCCUAACAUGAGUAAAUAUAGAGGACAUAUAGGGGGAAGUUUAGGUCAGGAAAUUUGCUAGAAAAUGGAAAUAAAAAUCAAUGGAACUUACCAUGUUGGGAGUUGUUGUUGUCCUUAAUAUGCACGCGAAGUUUCGCGAAAAAUUGUCUGCUUCAUCUUUCUUACAUAGUAGUAGGAAAGAUGAAGCAGACGCUAUUUUUUUCGAAACUUCAUGUGUAUAUUAAGGACAACAACAACUCGCCUAGCCUGCGUAGCAAGCGUUUCCGUUUGGUUUCGGAGCAAAGAAAUACCGAGGAAGGGGACUUUCGGUAUGGACCGCGCGAGAAAUGAAACGAGAGCCACUUUUCUCGCGGUCUUUGACUAGUUUGAUUCUCGUUCCUCGUUCUUUUUGCCUAAACCGCACAGAAACGCUUGCUACGCAGGCUACAACUCGCCACAUGGUAAGUUUCAUCGAUUUUUGUUUCCAUUUUCUAGCAAAUUUCCAGACCUAAACUUCGCCCUAUACGUUCUCUAUAUUUGCUCAUGUAAUUAAACCCGUACGUGACGACACAAACAGUGAGCCUGGGUUACCUGUGUUUCUAUCAGGACGAAAUAUAUAGAUCCAGCGGAGCACACAAAAGAACGCUGGUAGCGGGGAAAGAAGAGCUGAACUGCGAAUAUCUGCAAGAAGGCAGCAAUUAAUUAUUAAAGUAAGUUCCUGGCGCUUUUAUAACCAGCAAGAAGAAGUCCUCCACCAAAAAUCGCUGAGGGUUAUAGAUCGUUUCGUCUUCAAUUCGUUAUAAAUCUUGCCGUUAAUAACGCGGGUUAAACAGCAGAUAACAAGCACACAGGCAGCAUGAUUUUUCCUUUCUUUCUUCUAGUGAGUAAAACCGACAUGAUACUUUUCAAAACCAGUCAGUAAAACUCAUCUGCUGACAGGCCUUUUCCUUCAUACGGUUCUUUAACUGCUUUUUUCUAUUCUCCUUUCAAGCUGAAAUUGAUGCCUUUUAACGGUGAAAUCCAGAAGAGAAACCUCGUCACGCUUCAUUAACAACAUAUGCUUAGUUACUCAAAUGGCGUGAUGUCGUUUUCAACCAAUCGGAAAAAGGUAUUAUGUCGAAUAUUGACAUUUAAUUAAUUCUGACCAAUCACUGUUUUCACGCUCAGAAUCUGAGCGUGGAAAAUGGAUAAAACAAUGGUCUCCUUGCAGGCGUUCCUUUUCUUUCUCCCUCGCGCGCUCUCGCGCCCCAAAUUCCCCUUCCCUUUAACGCCUGCCACGCAUGCUAUAGUGUUUCUGAUUGGUCGUGCCAUGUGGUAAAUUUGAUUCAACCAAUCAGAACACUACCCAGAUCUGGGUAGUGACGCGUCAUCAGUAUGGAAUUUCUGCGCUUGUUUCUCAGACGUCAUUUGGCGGGAAAACCAGUGGUAGCGUCGCCAAACGUCGGCUGUUUUCUGAGGCUAAAUUUGAGUUUUUGGUGAAAACAUGCCUAAAAUUAUGCAAUACUGAGCUUUUAAAAAAUUGUUUCUAUUUUUCCUGUCUGAAUCGUUCCAAACCGAAAUUUUUAUCCUAUUGAUUCAGCCUCUCUUUGAUAACAGUUCAUAUAAUUAAGGUUUUGCGUCCUAUUUAACCUGGCAAUCAAAUGCGAUCCACUUACUUUAUUCAAUGUUUCAGAGAGCCAGAGGUUAAAGACAAUGAAUUUUAUAAUUCUGUUUCAUAGAUCAAUAACUGGGGCUCUCCAUGAUGCCAACAAUAUUUCUCCUGAGAUGUUUGUUUUCCUUCUGUUGUUUCUUUGCGGCGAUUCUGGUUUGCACUCUAAUGUCUCGCUUACAACAGUUAACGAUAUCUGGUGAUUCAACGGAAGGAACCGCCAGAAAAACACAAGGCGAAUUUAUAGAAAAAGACACCCAGAAUCAGAAUGAGAAUCUGCUGACUCCUAGAGCACGUAGGCGCAGCUUGAUUAUCUUCGGACACGAUCGCUCGGGAACCACUUUUAUAAGCACCAUGUUCGCAAAGGAUCCUCAAAUAUUCCUGGUAUAUGAGCCUCUUUGGAUAACAAAAUAUUGGAAAUUCUACCAAGGUUUGGACUGUUUAAACUGUGACCUGGAGGUUGUUAAUUCCAUUGUUAGCUGUAAUUUUUCUCGUUACUCCACAUCGAGGAAAUUUCUCUAUUACGUGGAAGCACCUUGGACUGGUGCCCUACCCGUUAAUAUUUUCAAAACACCAAAGUUUUGCAACAAAUUAAACAGCAUGAACAAUGAACUGCAUUGUCCAAAGCCACGCGACAACCCAGAAUUUGUGGACGACGUUUGCAGGACAAAAUUUAAGCAUAGCGUUGUCAAAGUUUCGCCUGUGCGGCUUCCUCGAGAGAAAAUCGCUAAUCUGGUCCCCCAAGUUUUACUGGAAAAUCCGGAUGUAGAUGUGCGUAUAUUGCAUUUGGUACGGGAUCCCAGAGGGAACAUCAACUCUCGAAUAGACAUAAAAUGGAUUAAGGAUUUUCCGAAUCCACAUCUAGGCAAAACCGCAAGAGAACUGUGCAGUACAAUCGCAGAAAAUCUAGCGUAUGCAAAAACGACGCUGAAAAAAUUCAACCUCGAUCACCGAUAUAAAGUAGUUUUGUACAAGCAGAUAGCCGAUGACCCGCUAGGUACUGCGAGGGAUAUCUACAAAUUUGCUGAAUUUUCAAUGCCAUUGGAGACAGAGAAAUGGAUAUUGGAGAGCACCAGGCCGAACGGAGAUCAACUGAAAAAGGCGCUUGAAGAUCCUUUUUCACCGGUGAGGAACGCAACGGGAAAUGCUGAUAAAUGGAGGAAAGAUGAGUUCUUUGAAAGGAAUCAAGUCGUAGAGAAUGAGUGCAGAGCUCUGAUGGCUUUGCUGGGCUUAGAAAAGGUUUCUGAACCUCAGACAAUAUUCUCAAGUAAAGUGAAACUGAAUAUCAUAAAGAGAUAG